AUGUUGAGAUAUUCGUUCGGCCUUGUGUCAGAAGCUGAAGCGAUUGACCGAGCCGUCAAGAAGGUCCUCGAUGGCAAGAAUAUAGGGGGAUUGGAAAUCAGAACGCGCGACCUAGGCGGCACGGCUGGGACUGUCGAGAUGGGGAAGGUGGUUAGGGAGGUUCUCCACAGUAUCUUGCAGCGAAGCUCCCCAGGAGAGGCACAGUAG